CAUGAAGACGCGAGCUCGCGGAAGUUCACCAAUAUACACCAACUACUCAUUAAGUUUUAAGACAUUGGCAACUUGAUGCAUUAUUUCUUUCUUCCUUAUGAAACCCAAAACCUUUACACAAUAGCUCAUAUUUUCUAGCACUAACGACUCGGGAUCAAAACCCAAAGUAUACUUGUGGUCACUCAGUGGAGUUUGUGAAUUAAAGUUCGCAUUGGAACAUUUUAUGAGGUCAGGGUGUUACUACAAAAUUGUACGCUUAUACCUGGUUGGAUUAUUUGCUCGAUUUGAAGUUUGUGUUUGUCUGGGGCUUGUAUUGUCGGUGAUUGUUGUCUGUUGCUUUCCUUAACAGAUAUUCUCUUCAAAUGUCACUGACUGGACCUCAACUUCUUCCCCUUGAACUGGUUGACAAAUGCAUAGGUUCUAAGAUUCAUAUAAUCAUGAAAAAUGAUAAAGAAAUGGUGGGAACCUUGCUUGGUUUUGAUGGUUACGUAAACAUGGUCUUGGCUGACGUUACUGAAUUUGAGUUUACAGCCCAAGAACCAAACUGGGACGUGUUUCCGUAUCCGAAUUGGAAGCUAUCGCUGGCUACGGUCAAUGUACCUUGCUCCACAAGAGCAGGUGAACUGGUAAAUGCACGUGGAGGCGACCAGACGGGGAAGCUUAUCUUUUAUGGAUACAGAAAAUAAGUUCCUGCUACUGAAGGUUUUUCGCAGUUUUACCGCAUUGAACGUUCUUUCAUUCGCUAUCGUUAAACGAUUUUUUUAUUACAUCGAAAAUUCGGUCACCUUUAAAUUCCAAACUUAUGUAGAGGUUUUUCUUUGUAACGGAACAACCAUAUUUUUUGUCACAACUACUUCUUUUCAUAUUUUU